CUCGCACUCGGCAAGGUUACGGCAGAGAUUGCGGCGGUCCGUCUUUUCCUCCACGUUCCUUGAUCAGGGUAGUAGGCCGGCCAGCACUGCACUCACAUUCCACGCUCCACUCGCCAACCAUCAGUUGCACGGUGCUUUCUCUUUCUUUUUUGCGGGAGGCAAGACAGAAGGUUGGAACCAAUACUGCCAAAAUGGAGAACAUAAAGAAGAAGAUGCAGGCUCUGAAGCAGGAGAAGGAGAAUGCUAUGGAUGCCAGAGAUACGGCGGAAAACGAGAUGAGAGCGGCCCGUGAGAGAGAGGAGGAGGCGCAAGAUCAGAUCAAGGAACUGCAGUCAAAGAUCAAGACGAUUGAGACCGAGCUGGAUCAGGUGCAAGACAAGCUGGCAAGCAACGAGAGCAAACUGGCGGAGGCCGAGAAGGCACAAGCUGCGGCUGAAGCAGAGAAGGACGACUUGGCCCGAAAGGCACAGCUUCAGGAUGACGACCUCACAAGAGUCACAGAACAGAAAGAUGUGCUUUCCGCAAAACUAACGCAAGUAGAAGAACAAGCUGAACUACACAUAAGGGCAACCAAGGCACUGGAAACCAGAAGCAUUGCCGAUGAUGACAAGAUCAAUUCACUAGAGAGCACAGUGCGAUCGUACAAAGAGGCGGCAGAAGAAUCCGAUCGUAAAUACGACGAGGUCCUUAGAAAAUUCACUGUUGCAGAGCAGGAUUUGGAGCGUUCAGAUGAGCGUUGCAAGGACUUGGAGGGCAAGCUCAACGAACUUACAGAACAGGUCAGCAACUUGCAGGCAGCCAACAAGUCGGCCGAGGCUCGAUAUGAGAAGGCUUCGGAGGCUGAGGAAGCAUUGCUGGUCAGAGUACAGGAACUGACCGCUGAGAAGGAGGCUUUGGCGAACCAAGAGGAGUUCACCAACCGGUCAUUCAAAACUCUGCAAGUCCAGCUGGAGAGCGCCGAAGACAUGUUGGAAAAAGAACGCCUGAAGUCGGCAAAACUCCAAGCUGAGCUGGACGAAGUCAACACCGAACUCAACCUGCUAUGAGCUACCUGGCCAGCCUCUCGCCUUUUUCCACUUCCCCCCAGCGAUGACUUAAACUCAACCAAGGAGAAACUCAUGCGGAUGCAAAUAGAGCAUGACCAGGCUCUGAGUGACUUGGGAGACUUCUGAUGACAUUGUCCGUCUUCUGGAAACGCCUCCCCCCUCUCUCUACCAUCCUGGCAAUCACGGGGACCGUCACCAAGAGCAACCGCAUACGGAUCUAGUGGGACUUACAGCUGCGAGACCUUUAUCCUUUUUUUUUUUAAGUGUUUGUCUGUCUUCUAAUGUUAACGCCUUAAUAACCCCAUUCUGAACCUUCAGCUAGAAAUGUAAUUAUACACGGUUUUUCCGAGGUUCCUUUCGUCAUGGCUGAGACGACUUUGAGAGGAUAUGGGAUAUUUUGUUUUCUUCCGUCUGUAAUUUACUCGUCCUCAACUGUCCCUUGUUGUUGAAAACAGUAAUUCCAUUAUUUCAUUUUCUGGUUUACGCCUUCUGGUUUACGCCUUCACGGAAACCAGGGAAUCGAAUGUUUAGUCUGAAAUUUGCCAUCAAAGCAAUUCAUCAUUGGUAACUUGACAUGCUUUUGACCGUCACAUUGAGGACUUAAAAGUGAAGAUCUGAGUGAACGCAAAAGCCGACAUUCUUGAGCAACACUUGUUAUAUUAACAAAAUAAUCAGGAAUAUCUGGAGAGGGGGGGAAGAUAAAAUAUUCCAUGCUCUCUCAAUGUUUCAAGCCAUGAUCAGAAACUGCUACGAUGGAAAGCUGUUUUCAGACGGUGCCUUUCAAUGUUCUGCACCGCCUGUCAACAACCUCGGUCCAUCAAAGCGGCCGAUAAUUGCACAAAGUGUAAAAUGUCAUGAGACUGGUGGUGGUGGAUUUUGUUUUUACCGUGCACUUUUUUGUGAGUAUCUGUGGUGAUGCUAGUUGACAUACCAGUAGCUCAGUGAUUUGUAAAGUAUGUAUCUGCCUUUUUCCCUAGUUAUAAUGUAAACAGAACAUAGGUCGUAGGUUUUCCAAAAAAAAAAAAAGAUUAAGAUAUUCAGAAAUUUUAAGAUUUAAUUUUUGUACUUAUAAUAAUAAUACAUAAUACAUUGAUUCAUUCCAAGUUGCAUAGUUUAGGCUGUAUAUUAGUUUUUUUUGCGUGUUUUUGUUUGUUUAAUGGUUAUCUUUUGUGUUGAGGUUUUUGGUGCCUAUGCAACUUAAAUUAUCACAUUCUCUUUAUUUUUUUUCUCUCUCUUCAUUCCCGACUAUGUCUGUGUCUCUGUUGCACCUUUUACCCAUUAACACCUCAUGCUGUAUGUGAUCUACGAUGACCUACACCUGCAUGUGAUCCACACCUUCAUAUUAACCAUCUCCUUUGAAUCGUUCUUGUCUGUGUCAAACUCCUACAAUCCAACCGUCUUGUGAUGUAUUCUUACUAUCCCUUGUCUUUGCAACCUUUUUGUGCGUCUGGAAUACCUCUACCAACCUGCCAUGUGACUUGUCCAUGUUGUCUCCACGGCAACCUUCCAUCUCCCUCUCAUCUUAUCUGUGGCAUCCUCCAUUGUGGCAACGUCUCAUCUCUGCUUUGUCUUCAUCCCCUAUGGCAACGUCUUCCUCAUUGUGCUCCUUGUGGCAUCCUCCUCCCAUUCUCAACCAACAGAUGAGCUGCUUCAGGAGAAGGAACGUCUGAAGGGGAUGACGGACGAAGUCGAGAGGGUCAUGCAGGAACUGGUGGAGUACUAAACACCUCCCUCAACCAUCAUAACCCCUCCUCUCCUCAGCUUUGCCCCCCCCCCCCCCUCAAGGCUUGCCUUCACCACAGACAGAAUGCACCACUUUGACCCUUUGGCUAAGGGGUCAAUGGCUUGUUAUACACGGCUGGCAUAGCUAAACUAGUCACCCUUGCUAGAGGUUGCAUGAGUUAAAAAAACUUUGUACAGUUUGCAGCAAAAUAAAAAGACAAAGUUACUAGUUUGUUUCUAACUGUAACAGGCAGUAAGCACAUGAAGAUUAAAGUUGCAUUCUGGAGUGGCUAGAAGGCAGCCUAUUUCCCAAGUCCAUAUAUAUUAAUAUUUUCCUUUUCUGAAUUAGGAAUAAAAAUUUUUUUUCUUCUUGCAAAGUGUGUUUUUUCUCCGCUGUAUCAUGUUUAUUAUUAUUUUUUAAUAGUAGUUGUUAGCUUUUUUUGAAAUAGCUUAAAAAUUCAUGUGUCCCUUAAAUUAUCAAUGAUUGAAGUACCUCAAAUCCCCCAACAAAUAUCUUCAUGAGACAAUUAUGUUUUUGAAGCUUAAUGCGAAAGCAUCAUCAAAGUAAUAAAAAAAAAACCGUAAUAAUAAAAUAAACGUAAUUUAAAGGUGCAAAUUUGUCUGGAACAGAUGCUUGAAUCCCUUGAUGUAUUAAGACUACUAAAAUAUUUAUAACUGCUGGUAUAAUUGUCAUUCAAUGCUUAAAUGAAUCAUGUAACUUGAGAUCUGUAAGGUUUGUAUUGAUGUAUUAGCAUAAUCUGUAAAUUGCCUUUUUUUCCCAAACAUGACAAAAAUGUAUCAUCACAGAGGUUUCUUUUCUAAGUGUUUUGCCUAGAUUCAUGACAGCUGUUUCUUUUUAUGUUAUGUUGGUAAUCAUUAUUAACGCCUAAAUAGCGUAUCUCUUCCUGAUUGUGAUAGUUAUUAACACCAGUUAUGCGAGACAAUGAUGCGUGAAAACAUGUAACGUAGACGUUCAUUUUCAAGAGCAGUAUACAUGUACAUUCUUUCUAGAGAGACUUUUUUUCUCAAUCAGAAGCAAUGAGUCAAACAUACUGAUUGGCUAUGAAGUCUGCUACAUUGAGCCUUUGACCAAUCACCGUGAUCGUUGCUCAGAAGGCUCUAUCGAAUAGAUAUUCUCUGCAAAUAUUGAGUCUUUAUCCUGCAAAAAAAUAUACUUGUAAUCAUUCAUCUUGUACAUUAUGGGGAGUGGUGUAUUUUUUAUUUUAUUUUUUAGAUUUUGGUUAUUUUCAAAAGCAUAAAUCCGUCGCUUUCGGUUUAUACAGUAGUUGGACUUGAACAGUUUUCAUAAUUUUUGGGACUUCGUUUUGACAUAGUCAACCCAUGUGUUUUGAAAAGUUAGAGAGAAUUUACGAGAACGUGUGUUUUAAUAACGUAGAUCGCUUUGUAAUAUCUACCUACUGAGUAGCAUAUCUGCCCAUAUCGAGUAUCACAUACUCGACAGGCAUUAGCCUACCAGAGCCACUGUAUCAUGCGGUAUUGUGUAGGCUCCAUGUAGCACAUGUAACACCAGUUCUGAUUGGUUCAUUAGCUUAUCUGCAUAUUGCUCACAGUUUUAUUCUUUAACAUUUGAUAUUGGGCCUUACCCAUUCCUGCGUAAUUUAAACAGAAACAAAAGAAAGGUUAUUGAAUGUAAUUAAUGGCUCUGUAGUGUGUGUUGUGCUUUUUGACCGUAAAGGAGCAACUUAUUGCUAGUUGAUGCUAAACCCUCGGCUGGCUCUGGUAGGCUGCUUGUAACAAUCUGAUGACGUGUUCAUAACUUUAUUAUACAGCAAAUCAUGAAUCGAAACCCUCGCUUUGUUCUCAUCUGAAAAUCACGCGCCACUUUACCAAAGUAUUGUAAUAAUUGUAAUCUAACUUUCAUUUAUUUUUUAUUGAAACUUCAUUUAUUGUAUGAUUGUGCAUUAGAGGCAGAUAAAUAACGCCAAGUGGAAAGUCGUGUAGUUUUAUCUAUUAAUAAUAGUGUACAGUUAAUGUCCGUAGAAUUCAGAAGAAACAAAAUUUACAGUAAAUUGUGAGCUAAAUCUUGGAGAUUUUUGUUUUGUUCGGUCGUGAUUAUCCGACUGUGAAACAAGAGCUUCAGUCAUAGUGGACGCAUUAAUUAAUCGUAUAAUUUCUGACAAACUGUAAAAAUUUUCUUCAACUAUAAAGUGUUGCAUGAGAGAACUUUGUUUUUGGUUUGGCUGCAGAGAGUUGUAUUUCAUCAGAGGAAACUUGUAGUGCUGAAUUUGUACGCGGCUAAAAAAAAAAAAAAGUAAAUGAAUCCAAAAAGUGAGAAACAAAAUAGUACUAGGAAGACUUGCAUGCAUCUAUUCUUUAAUCUCCUAUUGUAGACAGUGGGGGAAAAAUAGUGUGAAUGUCAUUGUGGAUUGAAGCCAAACUGUCAACAAGGCAACAAGAAUUGACGCACACCAGAAAAAAAAAUUAAUAAAAAAACUCUUUGAGAUUCGAUAGCUUACAUGCUGUUCGUGCAAGCAGUUGGCAACCAAAGGACGAGCAACAUCCAAAUGUCCUGGAACGGUCACUCGGACCUGUCGCAGUCUAUAACAUCUUGUAUUAACAGAUAACCCAAUUUUACUGGGUGUUCGGAUUUAAGAGUGGCCGACUGAAUAUUGUGUAUUGCCAUUGCCUUUUGUCUUAAGUACCAAUAAAACAAUACUGUCUCGUACACAAAAA